AAGAAAAAAAGAAUCAUGUCGGGAGUUUGGGUGUUUAGGAACGGUGUGGUGCGGCUCGUGGAGAACCCCGCAAACGAGCAGUCAUCGACAGUUCGACGAAAGGUUUUGCUCCACACCCCGACCAAUGAAGUAAUAAAUUCGUACGCCUCACUCGAGAGUAAGCUUGCGAGGCUAGGGUGGGAACGUUAUUACGACGACCUCGACCUCCUGCAGUUCCACAAGCCUUCGUCGAUCGACCUCAUCUCACUCCCGAAGGACUUUAGCCAAUUCAAGUCCAUGCACAUGUACGACAUCGUUCUCAAGAACCGCGAGUCCUUCCGUGUCAUCGACAUGUAGAAGCAUGAAAAAAAAGAAAAGAGAAAAGAAAUUUCUCUCCUUUGUUAACCUCUUUUCAUAAUAAGAGUGUGUUUGUGAAUACUAGAUUGGUGUGCUAGCUAGCUUGU